CUUGUGUCUCUUGUGUCUCUUGUCUCUCGACUCUUGACUACAAGUCUUUCUGGAUUUUCUGGAUCCUAGACAUUAUUACAGCCCACAAUUAACACCCCUCUACAUAGCCAUGGCACCGAUUCACUUAUGACACGGCAUCGUGCUUCUUCCAAGACUUGUCCAAACUGCCUGGCAUUUCUUGUCCCUUGACAGCCUUAAACCUACUCUGUCCCCUCACAACAUCCAUCCCUUCCUCUCCCGUUGGUUCGUUCACCCUGAUUCUGACCCUCGCGCCACCGAGAAAUCGUCCCAGACGUAUCACGAUUGUCAGCACCUUCUCCCCAGUCUUUGGUCGCUUACUCUCGUCCUGGACGGCCUGACAUCACCGAUAUCAGCGACACCUCCUCCUCCCUGAUCGCCAGUUGCACUGACCAACAUCUACUUGAGUUGGUCGACCAUCGAUCUUCCACGACCGAUCCAGACGAGCAACCGCCGCGGUUGAGAUCGCAUCUGGCUGGACCGAACCACUAUCCCAAUCUUUUCUCUCGACCAAAGUCGCAAUGGAAACAUACAACGGCCAUGUUCGCACGCCGACGGAUGCCAUCAUCCUGUUCGAGGCAUGUCGCUUGGGCAUUCUCCCCCGCGUUCAGCGACGGCUAUCGGAGAAAGAAAGACAGUCCAUUAGAUCAGGCUCUGUCUUUGUAUGGGACGAACGCGAAGCUGGCAUGAGGAGAUGGACCGAUGGCAAGAGUUGGAGCGCCAGUAGAGUUUCUGGCAGCUUCUUGACCUAUCGCGAGAUGGAGGGCAAGCGCGGAGGAAACUCAUUUUCAACCCCUACGGCCAACAGAACCAACAAAACGCCCGACAGCGCUAAUGACGAGGUACCUGACGGUGAAGAGGGCCCAGAUGGUUAUCGAUACAAGCCAGACGGUCUCAUGAAGCAAUCCUUCAGCAUCACCACCUCUCAGGGCCAGCAUCUCCAUCUGAUCUCUUACUAUUCCCGCUCGCAUCCCACCGCACAAGUCUUGCGACAACCAAGCACCGACCCUGCCCUGGCUUCAAUCCAGCCUGCCAAAGGCAUGUAUCCCGAGUCCACCAUUAACGACCAGUCGUCGGUGCCUGCUGUCACUCGCUCCCCAAUGGUCGGUGCUCCAGGCUAUGUGGUCAGUCCAGGUGCCCCUGGCUAUCAUAGACCUCCGCCUCAUCAUCACCCUGCGGCGUACCUCCCUCCAGGAUAUAUGCCCCAUCCCGCGUAUCUCUAUCCCAUCAGUCCUAUGCACACACCUCCAGGGCACUAUGCCUUGCAGCCAUACCCAGCGCUGCCUCCAGGCCUCCCGCCUCUAGCCUACCCCGCGUCACCCUAUCCUCAUCCUCAACAUCCUCCUCAACCUCAUCACCCUCAACCCCAUCAUCUAGCUCUCGGCCACCAAGCUCCACCUUCAAGUUAUGAUCAGCGACCCCAGAGAGGUUCAGAGUCGAGGUCUUCAAUCCCCCCGCCUCCUGUCGGCGCGACUCAACAACCUCCGUCUCCCUACACUUCACAAGCCUCAGCCCCUCCUCCGAUAAAUCUGUCCCAAAAUCCGUCGCAGCCACCAUACAGCUCCAGUUCCUCUGCGCCCUUAACAAACCAGAGCCAAGUCCCGUCUCAGUCGCCGUAUCAAUCACAAGCGGCGCCACCUGCUGCGCAAGCACCCGCUCAGUCACCCUAUCAACCAAGCCAAGUCGCUCACACAGCGUCUCUUCCCCCACCAGUAGUGGAUAGUACCUCGGGUCGAUCUGGUUCGAUCCAGAUAGAUCCUCGACUGACCGCCGCCCUCAACGGCAGCGAGGCUCAAACCAACGGACCAGCCGAGACAUCCGAGGCAGGCCAAUCGACGGGUGAAAAUCGACAACCUGAAACACCUUCGGCUACUUCGAGCCACGCUCCAACCAUCACAUCGUUGGUUCACAACAUUGCCACAAACCUACCAACAGAGAAAUCUCAGGGCGAACCUGAAGCAGAGCGACAAGGGAGUGUCAGUCCUGGUGGCACGCGGCGGCCUACCAUCCCACAAGACAUUCCUAGCGAGAAGCUCGGCUUCAGAGAGGACAAACGAGCGCUUAGCAAGCUGGACCGGGUUUUUGCUCGUGUGUAAGAGACUUUUGGUGGAUAUUUAUUUGUACUCUUCGGUCAUCGUGUCUGGAGUUGACGGGUUUCGUCUGGUGUUCAAGACAAAAAGGUUUUUUCCCCUUUCUUUCUGGAUGGCGUUAGUGAUGCAGACCCGAAGUGGAUGCAUUGAUAUCGGAGGUCACAUGUCGCGGCAUUGCGUGGACUCGUGGAAGAAUUUGUUCAUUGUACGAACGCUACGACGUUUUGAUGAAUUUUGAUGCUUGCACUAUCUUGGGAAGGCUAGACAGGCAGGUUUCACAGCGACAAAGGUUUUUUUGACGGUCAAGGUGCAAGGUCCAAAGGUACACUGGCACGACUGGCUGGCUAGGCUACACAGCCGACUUUGAACGAGUAUUUAAGAUGCCCUAGCAACGAGAAACUCUCUCUUGCCGAGAUACAUUGUGUUUCAUCUAAUGUACUUUUUUGAAGAAC